AUGCUUUCGCGACAUGCACCUACGCCAAAGGCUGUUUCUUCUCUCUCCACCCGCAUUCUUCCAUCCGCAGCGUGCGCCGCUCCCCGACUCCCUUCCUCCGCCUCUCCUACACAAUCCCGCCGUGGCCUUGCCACAGUUGCAGAUGCCCCCCCUCCACCGAAGCGGACUUACGGUGGAUUGAGGGAUCAGGAUCGCAUUUUCCAGAACCUUUACGGACAUCAUGGGGCAGAUCUAGCAAGUGCGAAGAAGUAUGGAGAUUGGUACAAAACGAAGGAAAUAUUGCUCAAGGGCCACGAAUGGAUUAUUUCCGAAAUCAAGGCUUCGGGUCUUCGAGGACGUGGUGGCGCUGGAUUCCCUUCCGGGAUGAAAUGGUCAUUCAUGAAUUUCAAGGAUUGGGACAAAGAAAACAAGCCGAGAUACUUGGUCAUCAAUGCUGAUGAAGGGGAGCCUGGAACCUGCAAGGACCGAGAGAUCAUGCGAAAGGAUCCUCACAAGCUUCUUGAAGGAUGUUUGGUCGCAGGACGAGCAAUGAACUGCACCGCUGCCUACAUCUAUAUCCGCGGCGAAUUCUACCAUGAGGCGACUGUUCUUCAAAGAGCCAUUCAAGAAGCUUACAAAGAUGGACUCAUCGGAAAGAACGCUUGUGGCAGUGGCUACGAUUUCGACAUCUACCUCCACCGGGGAAUGGGAGCCUACGUUUGUGGUGAGGAGACAUCAUUAAUUGAGUCUCUCGAAGGAAAGCCCGGGAAGCCUCGUUUAAAGCCCCCGUUCCCCGCUGCCGUUGGUCUUUUCGGAUGCCCUUCGACUGUGGCAAACGUCGAGACAGUCGCAGUAGCGCCCACGAUUUGCCGCAGAGGAGGCUCAUGGUUUGCUGGAUUUGGACGUGAGAGGAAUGCCGGAACAAAGCUUUUCUGUAUCUCUGGUCAUGUCAACAACCCAUGCACAGUAGAGGAGGAGAUGAGUGUUCCCUUGAGAGAGAUCAUCGACAAACAUUGUGGCGGUGUCCGUGGUGGAUGGGACAACCUCUUGGCUGUUAUUCCCGGUGGAUCAUCCACCCCUGUCCUGCCAAAGAGCAUUUGCGAUGACCAACUUAUGGACUUCGAUGCCUUAAAGGACUCCCAAUCUGGUCUUGGAACGGCAGCCGUCAUUGUGAUGGACAAGAGCACUGAUAUUGUCCGUGCCAUCUCAAGACUGAGUCACUUCUAUAGACAUGAAUCUUGUGGUCAAUGUACCCCUUGCAGAGAAGGUAGCAAGUGGACUGAGCAGAUCAUGAAGAGAUUCGAGAAGGGACAAGGUCGCUCGCGCGAGAUUGAUAUGUUGCAAGAGUUGACUAAGCAAGUUGAGGGCCACACCAUCUGUGCUCUCGGCGAGGCUUUCGCAUGGCCCAUCCAGGGUCUUAUCAGACAUUUUAGACCAGAGCUUGAGGCCCGGAUGAAGGACUACGCCGCGAAGAACGGAGGGGAUCCGCUGGCGGGCGGUUGGUCACAUGAUGCGAGACAGCAGGGUCAGCUGGUGGCACCUGGGCAGUAA